AUUUAGAAACUAAUUACAGUAGCACAAAUGUUUACUCAUACGUGUAAGAGUAGUGUUGUUAGUGGACUGUUACGUUCCUCUGUUUUUAGACGAGGGAGUCACAGGUUAUAUGGUCGUGGUGUGAUGGGCAGCACCAUACAGGCGAGACCUGGUCCAUGGAAGCCAACUUCAAGUAGUGUAUUGUGCCGAACUUAUUCCAGGCAGUAUGACAAUCCACUGACACCAUUGAUGCCUCCUGUAUCAGAAAAGGAUCAAGAUACAGUUAAAGAGAUGUCUGGGGAAGAAAUUGACGGGACACAUGUACUGGUGGAUGCUCUAGUUAACCAGGGUGUUGAAUAUAUGUUUGGAGUAGUGGGUAUUCCUGUUAUAGAAGUAGCAGUGGCAGCUCAACAAGCAGGGAUUAAGUAUGUUGGCAUGCGGAAUGAGCAGGCGGCUUGCUAUGCUGCUCAAGCUAUUGGUUACCUGACAGGGAAGCCAGGGGUGUGUUUAGUUGUGUCAGGUCCAGGGCUCCUCCACACAAUUGGUGGUUUAGCCAAUGCUCAGAGUAACUGUUGGCCAGUUUUGGUGAUUGGUGGCUCUAGUGAUGAAGACCAGGAAGGUAUGGGAGCCUUUCAAGAAUGUCCUCAGGUUCAGUCGUGUAGCCUGUACUGCAAAUACUCUGCUCGGCCUCCAAGGAUUGAUACUAUACCCUACCACGUGGCAAAAGCUAUGAAGUGUGCAAUGUAUGGACGACCUGGUGCUUCUUACCUAGACUUACCAGGAAGUACCUUAUCUGGCAGAGUUGAGGAGUCCACAGUUGUACAGUUUCCGAGGUGUCCUCCACUGCCAGUUUCUCUGGCCUCUCCUGACUUGGUGUCAGAAGCAGCUACACUACUUGCUGGUGCACAGCGUCCCUUGGUGGUGGUAGGGAAGGGAGCUGCCUAUGGUCGUGCAGAAGAGGAGGUGUACCGCCUUGUAGAGAAGACUGGCUUACCAUUCCUACCCACACCAAUGGGCAAAGGAGUUCUACCAGAUGACCACCCUCAAUGUAUAGCUCCUGCUCGCUCCAGAGCAUUGUUAGAGGCUGACGUCAUUCUACUUCUUGGAGCAAGAUUGAAUUGGAUGCUUCACUUUGGUCGUCCUCCACGAUAUGCACCGGACGUCAAGUUCAUUCAAGUGGAUGCAUGUGCUGAAGAGUUUCACAACAGUGUCACUGGGAGUGUUGCUCUGUUGGGAGACUUAAAGAUGGUGUGUGGACAACUUGAGAAGGCAGUGCCAGGAAGUCUCUUUCCCUCACACUCACCAUGGUGGUCUCGCUUAAAGGAGAAAGCACAAGCCAAUAUACAAAUCAGCACUAAAUUGGCCGAGGACACUUCAUUGCCUUUGAACUACUAUACAGUGUUUCAUCACCUACAACAGCUGUUACCUUCUGACUGUAUCAUUGUUAGUGAAGGAGCUAAUACAAUGGAUAUUGGACGUACACUUCUGCUCAACAAAUAUCCACGCCAUAGAUUGGAUGCAGGCACGUUUGGUACUAUGGGGGUUGGCUUAGGCUAUGCCAUUGCAUCAGCUCUUUGGGCAAGAGACCAUGCUCCAGGAAAAAGGAUAGUGUGUGUAGAAGGAGAUUCUGCAUUUGGUUUUAGUGGCAUGGAAAUGGAGACUAUUUAUCGUUAUAAACUACCCAUCAUUGUCAUCAUUGUAAACAAUAAUGGUAUCUACGCUGGUUUAGAUGAAAGAAUGUUUGAGGAGAUUCAAGAAGGGAUGGAUGCCACAAUUGCAACACCACCCACAUCGCUCCUUCCAAAUGUACACUAUGAACGCAUAACUGCUGUUUUCAAUGAUACUGGAUACUAUUGUAAGUCCAUCCCUGAGUUGCAAGAGGCAGUGAAUCAGGCUCUAAGGGAGAAACAUAAACCAUCCCUCAUCAAUGUGAUGAUCAACCCAAUGGCCCAGCGCAAAACUCAAGACUUUGACUGGCUUACACGCUCAAAGCUAUAGGAUGAGUGUAUGGUUCAUUUACAUUCAGUGGUGUCCAUCAUAAAGUUAUAUGCAAAGAACAGUAUCUAUUUAUUGCUUUAUAAGGAGGGAUUGUAUGGGUGUUACAUUAUAUAAAUACAGUAUAUAUAUAUAUAUGUAUUCAGUACAGUAUAAUUGUACUGCAACAAACUUGUCUAGGGCAUUCUGAAUUGAAAACUUUCAUUUAUAUCUGUACAGUAUCUGGAGUUUUAUAUGAAUAAUUCCCAAGUGCCUCAAAAUUAUUUUUGUUAGGUUUUAGUUUGUUGCAAUUAUUUCAGUGUCUACAGCAGGAAAUACAUUCACACCUUGGUUAAAUUUUAUGUCAAGGUAAAUUUGGAGUGGGAAAUUUUUAUGAUUGGUUAGUGUCAUUUAAACAUGAUGUUUUGCCUACUUUAAAAAAAAUCUAUAUACUGUACCCCUUAACUAUGCAUGUUUUCAUUUUUUUAAACAACGUUUUUCAUACUGGGUGUAGAUCAGUUUUGUACUUUGAAAUGUAUAGGUUAUAUUUAUAUAUUUUAAAUAAUUAUGGUGCUUAAUUAAGGUUGAAGAGAAGAGUAAAAGGGUUUAUUAUAUAAGUACAAGGAUUGAUCACAUUAUGCCAAAGAUGUCAGUGUAACAUAAUUUUACCAGUACUGUAUACUUACUAUGUAAUUUAUUAGUAUACAAAACUAAGCAAAUGGUCCUUGUGUCUAUGAACUUAAUAUUGUGGGUGACCUUUAACCCAUUGGUUGCCAUAACUGACUUUUUUUGUGGCCAUCAAAUUUUUUUCCUUUUAUCGUAACCAACCAUGAAUCAUGAGUUUGGAUUGAGUGCCAGACUACAGGGGAUUGACAUCUGGGAGAGAUUUGUGCAAGCAGUCAAAUGCUUCACCUAUACCAACCCACACACAGAUAUCAGCCGAUUGUCCCAUUUUCGUUGUAGUUUUGAUGUUAUUGGUGCCAAAAUGUCAAGAUGUGUUAUGUAUCAUACUUGGUAAAACAAUGAAAUGUUGCAAGUUA